CUUUCUCUUUCUCUCUCUCUCUGCGGUCCGAAAGCCCGAAUAAGAAUGGGUAAGGCAUCAGUCGCCGCAGCCACGCCGGAGACGGUGAGGAAGAAGAAGGGACGGCCUUCCAAGAAACGCCCACAGCUCUCAACCCCUCCCAAAACCCCUGCUCCCAACCCCACGAGCCGCCGAUCCACUCGUCGGAACCCUAAUCAUCUCGAUUCGUCGCCGCAUCAGCCCGAAUUCGACGACGACGACGACGAGCGCAAGGAGAAGAAGGUCAAGCUCGUCGUCCGGCUACCUCCGUCGGAUGAGAGUGUGAAGAGAGGGCAGCUGCAGGACAGUCAGCAUUCUCGGGAAUUGGAUUCUGGUUCCGGCGGAUCGGGUUCGGGUUCCGAAUCAGACCGGGACGUGGAGGAUCGAGAGGGGCACGCGAAGAAACGCAAAAUUGACGGCGUCGAUGAUGGAUCUGACGGCGGGGUUUCGGAUCAGGAUAGAGAGCUCGUGAAAGAGAGAGACAAUUAUGUACAAGAGUCACAAGUGGCGUCUGGUCCAGCAACUUCUUUGCCAGAUAAAAAGUUGUUGAUCUUCGUUCUUGACAGGCUCCAGAAAAAGGAUACGUAUGGUGUUUACUCGGAGCCUGUGGAUCCUAAUGAGCUACCUGAUUAUUUUGAUAUAAUAGAGCAACCAAUGGAUUUUGGGACAGUAAGAAAGAAACUUGACAGUGGAGCUUACAAAAACCUGGAAGAGUUGGAGGCUGAUGUGCUUCUGAUAUGUUCAAAUGCCAUGCAGUACAAUUCUUCAGACACUGUCUACUAUCGCCAGGCACGAACUAUACAAGAACUUGCGAAGAGAGACUUCAAUAAUCUUAGGCAUGAAGGUGAGCCAAAGGUGGUGAGAAGAGGGAGGCCACCCAACAGCAAAAAUCAGAAAAAGGCUGUUGAAAAUACCACAGUGGAUCGUGUAGCCACCGAUCUCUCUACUGGUGCAACUCUUGCUAAAGAAGAAGAUAAAGCAGCUGGGUCCAAUUCUUACAAUCUGAGGAAGGGACCCGCAUUAUUUAGAUUUAGGUCUGGUGAUCCAUAUAUGUCGUCUUAUGGUUCAAGAAAUGGUGAGAACCACUCUGAAUGGUCAAUUGACUGGAAUAAUGAAUUUCCAGCGUCAAUUUUAAGAGCUGACAUGAAAUAUGGGAAAAAACAGUUUACGGUUGAUGAAAACAAGCGUGACACCUACAGGCAAUCCCAUUUGCUGUCUUCAGGCCACAAUUCACUUGUUUUAUUGAAUUCCAGUGGAAAUGUAAAGCGAUUAGUGCCGGUAGGUCUCCAGGAAGCCCUUGCUUAUGCAAGAAGCCUGGCCAGGUAUGCAGCAAAUCUCGGCCCUGUUGCCUGGAAAAUUGCAUCGAGGAAGAUAGAGGCCGUUUUACCUGCUGGCGUACAAUACGGGCCUGGCUGGGUAGGUGAAAAAGAUGCCCCUUCACAAACAUCAUCUUAUUUAAUGGAAAAUAAUAAAUCACUCACUGCCAUUGCUGCAAAUUCCAUUUCAAGCAAACCAAACGACCCCUUGUGGAAACCCCAAGUCCCUUCCCACCGAAUUUCCAACUCAAACAGUGUUAAAGUCACAAACUUGGGAAAUCCCAUUCUAGAACGUUCUGGAAAUGUGAAAUCGGAACCUGGGUGUAAUUUGCCAUCGAGUCACUCGGUGUUGGCGAAUAAUGUCGUUAGGGAGCAAGCUAAGUUGGUGGGGAUUAGUAACAAUAGCUUGGUGAACAAGUCACCUCCUGAUUUGAAUGUGAGAGUUCCGGUGGGCUCGCCUAGUUCUGGUAGCUUACAAAUUUGUUCGCCUCAACAGCCAGAUUUGGCAUUACAGCUCUGAAUACUUUUUUAUUUUUUUAUUUUUUAUUUUGUCUGAGAUAAGAGUUGGACGAUGGUUGG